AUGGUUGAAACUGAUCAAAUUGGCAAUUCCACUGAGGGGAGCGGCUCGAUUGUGCGGCCCCCUAAGACCAUGCGCAUUUUGAUAUGUGGAUGUUGGGAUUUGAUGCAUACUGGUCACUUCAACGCCAUCAGACAAGUUUCUACCAUUGGUCGUGAAAUUGAGGAGGAAAAGAAAGAGGAAGGAGAAACGGUCCACGUUGAAGUUGUGGCUGGAAUUCACCCUAACAAGGAAAUACGACGAGUGAAAGGAGGCGAGUUUGUAUGCUCUGAAGAGGAGAAAGAGGCAAUGUUGUGGGCGUGUAAAUGGGUGGACGAUAUUGUGCGUGACGUUCCUUACAAGCCUCUUACAGUCGAAUUCUUGGAUGAGCAUCGCAUUGAUUACGCAGUUCACGGUGAUGAUAUCGCGAAAGCUUCUGAUGGUACUGAUAUGUAUGGUUACGUUAAAAAGGCUGGCAGAUAUCGGGAAUUCAGAAGGAGCGAAUGUAUUUCGACGACGACCUUGAUCAACAGAAUUCUGGGUUGCUAUCCUGGUGCCAACGCGAAUGAGGCAUUCUCAUUGACUAGUAGGAGGAUGAUAGAAUUCUCGCGAGGCUACAAGCCCAUAGAGAGGGCCACCAAAAUUGUAUAUAUCUCCGCAGUUUGGGAUUUACUAAACACUUCGCACGUGGAAGCUCUUCGCCUCGCUUACAAAGCUGUCAAAGGCGCGGACUACCUCUUGGUUGGCGUUAGGCAUGACUCUUCAGCGAAUGGAGAGAUCGAUAAGACGAUAACGUCGGAUGGCGAACGGGCACUGUCCUUACUCAGCUGCCGUUAUGUAUCUGACGUAGUUUUGCAAGCUCCUGAGCACCCAAGUGCUGACUUUUUCAGAGCAUUCAAUGUAAGUGCCGUCGUCGUCAUAAGCAACCAUCCAGAUUUCGACCCUGAUGAAUCCAAGUUCGAGAAUGCCAAAGGGCAAGCGGACAUUGUCAGGUUGUCACUACCGAAGGACUCUGUUACUACGGAGGAACUUUGUCAGCGUGUUCUGAUGAAGAGGGAUGCCUUCGAGGCUCGCAAUUCUAAGAAAGUAGACCCCGGUGUCCGUGUGGUGACUUCAAAUGCUCAACUGCGGGCUUGA